AUGGACUUCUGGGUGAGGCUACUUGGCGGCUCGUCCCAGAAGAAGAAGCAGAUCGCGCCAAACAACCCGCAGCAGCGGCUGGCACGCUUCCGGCAGCGAUACAACCAAGUACUGCAAGCAUGGCAAAAGGCAACCAACCUCGCAAGCGACCGCGAAGCGCUGGGCAACAUCCGCCGUGGCUUCCAGGCCCUCACCGCGAUCCUCAGCGAUGAGUCUCGAUCACCCGCACCCCACAUGUGCCUGCAGUUUGCGGCAGCUCAGCAGAUAUACACGGCCGUCUCCAAGAUAGCAGCCACCGCGCACGACGAAGGCACCGUUAGGGACGCCGUCGCAUUCUAUAAUGCCCUCAUCGAUAGCGAGGAAGAGGACUUUCUCGAGAAUGAUGUCUUCGCCGCCUCCCUCAUGAACUUCAUCGACCGGACAAUCGGAUCUGGCAGUAUAGGCAUCGGCGAAGACAUUGAGGCCGACAUUGUCGAGCUGCUGUUCGGCAUUGCGGCCAAGAUCAGAUUACAGCCAGAGAUCCUGCAUGUCUGGUUCACCACCACAUCUGCAGACAGCCAAAGGCGGCUGCUCAACCAGAAAGCCGAUUUUGCGGGUGUCACACAAAAAGAAGAUUUCCCACUGUGCUAUCAGCUUAUUGACCACGUGCACCAUGAAGGCCGUAUCGGAGACUUUGCGCGCACUGGCCUACUGUACAUAUUCGAGUCUGCUUCCAGGUCCAUAGAUCUGGAGCAGUGGAUAGUGAACAGUGAUCUCCCUACACUCAUGGCAACUGGGCUAGGGGCUUUGUACAGUCAGAUGAGCAGGAAACUGUCUAUCCUACAUCCCCCGCAAGAUCUGCCUCUUAUACUGUCUCUUUCCGACUACCCCGAGAUGAAAUCGAACCCACAAGCAGAGAAUUUCUUCAGUGUUGACUUUCAGGGCCAUCUUCUUACGUUCCUGUCAUACCUUGCGUUCUGGCAAGAUGUAUUGGAGCAUUGCAGAUCUGCCGAUGUCAGAGUCACACUGAUUGACCACUUCCAAGCCUUAUUCCUUCAGCAGCUCUUGUAUCCUUCGCUGCUAGAAUCAUCCGACGCUGAUGGCGGUUCGUCUGUUGCAGUGCUUACAUAUCUCCGCCAUAUACUGGACGGUCUGGACCAUCCCGAGCUUGUACACAUGAUGCUUCAGUAUUUGCUAGCAUUGCUGGACUAUACGACUUCUACAGCGCCACGUUCACCCGCCGCUGUCAAGCGACGCCAGUCGCUCAUGCUGCUCAGUGCAACAGACAAAGACGACGACAAACUCAACCCAUCGCUGUUUAAUCUUGUCGAUCUUGUGCUGGGCAGCACUGCCUCCCGGAAUCCACAGACUGUCACCGCUGCGUUGAAGUUGACAACAGUGAUUUUGAGCAAAAAUCACAGCUAUGCACUUGGGUCUCUUGUAAAGGUCAUGGCCAUUCACCACAAAGAGCAUCAUAGGACAGUCGGAUCGCUGAACAAGGAGCUCGAGAUGUACCUCAACGUUGCUGUGGACCUUGCCGGCCUUGAAGGCGUCGACGAGGCCUAUGACAGCUAUCUGAAGGAUGUGUUGAGCUUACUGGAAUCUCAUCCUUGUUCGCUGAAGACGAUUGGCAUACCAUCCUUGUCUGGGAAGAAUCAAGGCUAUUUUGACUCAGCUGAAGCCUCGGCUAGGGAUGUUGACCCGCAUCACCUGCUCCCAGAAGACCCACUCUUCCAAACCCUGAUUGACCUGCUGCUAACGUUCCUCACAAACGAUGUUGAGACUAAUCUAGCACUUACCGAGGCAAUUGUUACGCUCGGAACAUGCUCUCAGCUACGUCUUGAAGGCUGGCUGUCUGUUGACCCUGCCGAUUACCACUUUGAGAACAAUAGCUCCGAAAUAGAGUCGUUCUCGAAUGAAAAUCUGCGGGCCAUGUACAUGGCUGAAAGGCUUCCAAAUUGGAACCCAGCAGCCACACCCCAGUUGCUGGCGUGCUUGCAGCAGCUUCAGGCUCAAGUCAAUGCUCUCCGGAGCGACAUCAAGGACUGGGAUGAGCAGGUUGCUAGUCGUAAAGACACUUUCCGCAUCCACCAAGACAUAGAAGAGGAGUCUAAAUUGUCUACACCUCAGUCAAAAGCAGUCAGAGCACCUUCCGAAACACCAGCGGGGUCUUGGACACCACAAAUACCAAAACAUGUUCUGGACUCACCACAGACGCCUUCGCGAGCUCAGUCUCCUCGAGGAAGGAAAGAAGCACUUGCAGCGUCAAGAAACACGCCCGGAGGAUCUCCUGUUCCCUCAAGAUAUGGCGGUCAAACUCUCGUUGGCUCACCUGCUCGAGCGGCGUCCCCUCUAUCAGUGCAGAAUGUCAGCAUUCUACAGCCGUCGCUCAUGUCCGAUGUCGAUGCCAGUAUAGCACAAAUCCGGAUGAAUCAAUUCGGCAAGAGACGCAUUCGCUUCCGGCGCGCAGCUGGGUCAAGAGAAGUUGAAGUCAUGCUAUCCAAAUUCCAGCCGCCACCAAAGGAGUCUUCUGAAGAUGCAACAGGUAGCGCUGAAGAGAGGGAGGAAGAUGAUAUUCGAGAAGCGAGCCUAAUGCAUAUCAUCACGAACGUGGUGAUUCUGCAAAACUUUGUGCUGGAGCUCGUGGCAUUGAUGCAAGUCAGGGCCAGCUUGUUUAAUGAGGUCAAGUUUCUUUGA